CUGUUUUAAAUGCGUGUGGUGAAAGAAGCGGGCCCUUCCACUUCGCAUGGCUAGUAGGUGGCGGUGAUGAAGAUCAUUUUUUUAAAAUUCAAAACUAGACGAAGCAGGUAAUUUGUUGCAAACUAAAUCUAACGCCGCGUUUUUCGACAUAAUCAACAAUCAUUGCCGAUACACUUGAUUUCGUUCUGUAUCCGUGCUGCAGAAUUUCAGAGUUCUGCUCUAAAUUCAAAUCGAUCAGAACUGAACAAUGAUUGAAAUCGGACAGAAUCACCUGCACCACCGUGAUCCCUGGAAGUAUCAAGAUCUGUCUAGGAGAGCUCUGGAAAGUGCCAAAUUCUAAAUCUGAAUUGACGUGAAGAUGAUCAAGGAUCAUCAGCAGGUGUUGCAAAAGAGUACUCUGUUUGGAUGCGGAAUUUCUAUUUGUAAGAGAACAAAAAGAACCGACUUCAACUUGAUUGGCAGUUAUGUAACUUCACGACGCCCUAAAACUCAAUUCAAAAUUGGAGGAUCAAAAUCCGCAUUUCUAUCCAUGGUCCUGAACAGCCUUUUGAAACGCGAUCCAAGUCUAAAUUUAGAUCCAUAGAACGCAAAGUGGAGAUGCCUGCUGCGUGGUCUACUAUCGACUGAUCUGGAAAAGAUUUCUCUAGCGAAUGACGAUCUUGUUCGGAAAAUCUAAAUUCAAUGAUCCAAAGGCACCACUCCUGAAACCGCGAUUUAGAUCUAACUAAAGAGUAAAUCUUGGAAAUCUUCUUGUUCCAUUUCUCUAAAUCUCUCCUCUCUCCAAUUUUCUCCUCACAGGGACCAACGAAGAAGUAGGACAUUAGUUCCUCUAAAACUCCCCGAAGUAAAACUUCUCAACAAAAACAAAACUCGACAAAAUGGGUCGCAUGUACGGACGCGGAAAGGGUAUCUCCAGCAGUGCCAUGCCGUACCGCCGCCGCGCCCCAACGUGGCUGAAGAUGAAGGAUACCGAGGUGGAGGACCACAUCUGCAAGUUGGCCAAGAAGGGUCUGACCCCCUCCCAGAUCGGUGUCACCCUGCGUGACUCCUUCGGGAUCCCGCAGGUUAAGAGCGUCACCGGACAGAAGAUCCUGCGCAUCCUCAAGAAGCGCCAGUUGGCCCCGACGGUACUAAGCGUUUAUUGAUAAAAAAGAUUUAUUUGCGUGUGAUUUCUUUCUUCUUUUUUCCAUUUGAGAUUUCAGUAGAUAGAUUUCGUGGACUUUCUCUAUUAUCUCUCGUGACGGGGAAAUUUUCAAUUCAUCGCGUUUUAGAUUUCAGUCAGCGAUAGUCUAAUCUGCAAGUACCCCUCACCGCGCGGUCAUGGACGACUUUGGUCGCGAAACGUGCUGCGUAACAUGUGAAUGAGCGAGAAAGAGGGUAGAGAGAGGCACAAGAAGAGGAGCGAAUGUGGUAUUAAAGCACGUCAGAUGAAGACACACACAGCACUCUCGUAACGUCACCAGCGUAAUAGAUAUGAGUGUUAGCAGAAGUACACCAGCACGAAUCUUCAUCUUUCUGCUCGAAUAACAACAGGUCCCGGAGGAUUUGCACCACCUGAUUAAGAAGGCCAUCUCCAUCCGCAAGCACUUGGAGCGCGCCAACAAGGAUAAGGAUUCCAAGUUCCGCUUGAUCCUCAACGAGUCCCGCAUCCACCGCUUGGCCCGCUACUACCGUCGUGUCAAGGCCCUGCCGGCCGCCUGGAAGUACCGCGCUGAGACCGCCUCCGCUCUCCUCAACGCCUAAGUGGACGACCUUUUGGUCUCUCUGUUGAUGGGAGGAUCAGAAUCGGAUUUUCCAGAGGAGCGACUACCUCUCAGCUAGUAACGCUUUCGUGGAUUUUUGCAAGAGAGACGUGAAGCUUAUGCGGUGAAUUUGAUGAUUCAUCUUCCCUACAUGUGGUCUUCACUUCUACGCACUGAAGAAUCCAAAUCGCAGAGCAGAUGUUGAGAGACAGCAGAGGUGAUAGAUAGUCUUUAUUCCUCAUGCUGUGAAGUAGAACGCUACAACGAAAAUCGAACACCAAUUGUUGAAAGUUUUUACUUCGUUGGAGUUGAAUAAGAAAGAGACACCGGGUGUCUGGCAGUGCGCGUGAAGGAUCCCGCACAGCAGGGACGU